GUUGAGGAUGCUAGUGGAGAACUCCAACGGCGGAGGCGGCGAAGGUCGCUCCUCCACCGCCACCACCAACGGCACUAAGAACGCCACCCCCAAUGGCACGCGGGGCCCCCCGACCACCACCAGAGGCCCCCCCAACACCAGCAGAGGCACCACCAACGGCACCGCCAAUGGCACCACCAACGGCACCAGCAGCAGCAGGAACAACAACAACGGCGUGGUGAAGACGACCGCCUCGACGCCCACGAAGCCCACGCCGACGAUCAGGACCACGAGCAUCUCAGGGCCCCCGAGGACCACCCUGGGCUCCCGGACACACUCCACCCCGGGGCCGGCUCUCACCUCGAGGCCCAGCUCCCACGCCGCCACCAUCACCAAGACCAGCAUCAGCAGCAGCAGCAGUAGCAGCAGCAGGAGCAUCAGCAGCAGCCCCGGCAGCAAGGGAGCCACGCCGAGCAAGAGUGCCUCCGGGGGCCUGGACGCGCAGCUCACCUACACGCCGCCGCACGUCCUCAUCCGCUCCAUCUCGUCCCUGUCGCAGCACUCGCUCAGGCCGGCCACGCCCGAGCUGGACCAGGAGGAUGGCAUAGUGUCCGUACCAGCACUGCGCAAGGGCGUUUUGCUGCAGGCACGGGACCGGCUCUUCUCGAGGUGGAAAGAGCGCUACUUUGUGCUUACAAGGGACUACUUGGCGUGCUUUAGGAGAGGGUCGACCAAGUAUUCGGAAAUGGGAUCGUUCAUUUUCAAGGUCAACCUAGCCAGCGUGGAAUGCGUAGAGUGGCAGGAUCGGCGCGGUGGCCCUGCCCUGGCCCUGGCACUCCCUAGGGAAGGCCGUGUUCUCCUUAGGGCCAAGUCAGGGUUGGACCAGUGGUACAGGUUGCUCCUGGAGGCCACCAAUGCCUCCCGACACCGCCGCAAUGUCCUGCGUCGUGGCACCUCCACCACACACUUGAACAACACCACAAACAACAACUUGGAUUUAACACCACCUGCAAAAUCAAGUGGCAUUCAGUACAGCCUCAGUGGAUCAACACCCGAGAUCACCCGCCUGUGUGAUUCAGUGUGUGACGAUUCCCCGGGUGGCACGAGCUCACGUCUCCUUACAAGGCACCAUAGAUUCUCUUUGCUGGCUGAUGCAGACCUGGGCUCUUGCGACACAGACAUUGCAACUCCGCCAUCUUCAGUCACUUCCUCCAACAAGUUCAGCACCUCGACCUCUGCCUCCAACACUUCAGGAUCAGGAGGUUCCUCAUCCCUGGCCUCCUCCCCCUCUCUGCGCGGUUCGUGUGCUUGGCCCCGACCCUCAUCCCCCCUGAGGCCCGUGGUAGGUGACGCCCCGCGAUCAAGACUCUCCCUAUACGAAGGAGCUCGGGAAAUGCCCACCUCAGCCAAGAUGCGGCAUUCAGUUUGCCUAGAGCCCCGCGAUGCCCAGGACAUGGCAAGGAAGCAGAAGAACAGACACUCGAUCUGCGUAGAACCGAGGGAUCUGGCCAGGACUCGUGCCUCACUCUGCCUCGAGCCACGCAACCCCCUGCUGGACCUGAUGGAGAGCGUCGAGGCCAUUCCCACGCUCAUCUCGCACGAGGACAGUCGGCUGCCAUCUUCCGCCAGAACCUCACCUUCGAAGAGUGAAGGAGAUAGAAGAUCAACCACCGACGUCCCCCUCCUGGUCAGCGAAGUGGACACGAGUCCCUCCCCCAGCGGUGCCCCAGCCCGUCCACGCGCGCACUCCACCUCCCUGACCCCCGAGCGCACCCUGGGCCCUCGCUCGCGCUCCAAUCUAGGCUUCUUCCGACACUCAGGCCUCUUCAACCAUUAAUCUUUCCCUGGACUAGUGGUAUUGGUAUUUUGACUGCCGGUUUCCUUCCAUCCUUCUUACUGAUGCUGUUCGAAGGGGAUAUGUACAUUUUUAUAUGCAAAAAAAAAAGAGAUUGUAAGAUGUGAAAAUAUAUAUAUAAUAAAGAGCAGAAUCUAGGCACCAGUAUACACUACCUCCCAACUGUGCUCAUGCAGUGUUGACCAUCCAUCUCUCCCUGUUGACGAGAGAAACAGUUUGACAAAGAAUAUGUGAAUUGUGUAAGCAUAUAAAAGUGUUUUUCAUGCACACUAGAAGUUGCAGAGUCAGUGUGAUUUAAUCUUGUAUUCUGUUUUAGUAUUGAGAUUGAAGAUUAUUAUAUUGCUGUUAUUUUACCCCAUGUCCCCCUCAAUGUCAUUUGUGUUUUGUCUUUAGUUCACCGUCCUAGAUUUUCUAAAUAUUUGUAAAUAGUUCAUCUGAUAUCUCUCUUGUUCUUAUUAAUAAAACAGUGGAUAAUAACAAUUAAAAAGAAAAGAGACAGGACACUUUUUUUCAAAUAAUAGGGUCUGUCACAUGACAAGAACAAAGUUUACUAAACUGGAAGUAACAAGGCAAAAAUGGUGUCCUGAACAAGUCUUCACACAAAGCACAACGUGAAGCAAAUUAUCUCCUUGGAUAGAGACUUGGCUUAACCACAUCUUAAUUGUGCCAAAUUGGGAUGAAACACCAACACAUCUCGGCUCUCAGAAGUAGAGGAAAAUGUACAGUUGGAUGUGAAAACAGUUCGAUCUGGUAUUCCUUUAAAAAAAGAAAAAAAGAAAAAAAAAAAAGAACGGAACAACAUAGGUAUUUAUGUUAGAUUUUUGCUCAAUGCAGCAAGCAAUUAUUGAUUUUUCUUUUGCGUCUCUGCUUCCCCCCCUCCCCCAUUUUCCUUUCCCUUUUUUUUUUUUUUUUUCGGUGAUGUUCUUGUGAAUGGCCAGAUAAAUAUACCAUGUAUAAACAUUGUCCACUGUGGUUUGUCAUUGUUGGAUGACAGAUGGAUACAGUUCUUGUUUAUAUGAUGACUUUGUAUGGGUGAAUGUACAUUUUGUAAUUUUUAAUUGUGUAAGUUAAUAGUUAGUGGAUUCUGUACAGUACAUAUUUUUUAUUUCCAAAGUGAAUAUACCUUGACCAGUGAAAGUCUGUUGUAUAGAAUGUACAAGUAUUCCCAAUUGAAAAGAAACUAGUCAUUUUAGGGUUUGGAUACAGGAACAAAGAUUGAUACACAUAUAAACAGAAAAUGAAAAAAAAACAAAUUUUACGUUAUUUAUUUAAACAUACAUGUGUAUUUUUUUUCUUUUCUUUUCAACCCGUUCCAGUAUUCAUGUGUUCUCACGCAGAUUUCUGUAUCAAGGUUUUUCUUGUAAUGAUUUUGAACUUUUCAUAUUGAUGUCAUAAUUAUUUGUGCUAUUAACAUCAUCAUGAACAUCACUGGCACUGUGCUAAUUAUUGUUAUGGUAAUAUUUUUAUAUAUAAUUCCUCUUAUUAUUGAGGAUAUAAUUAGUAUUUUAUUGUUAUUAUAUUUUUAUCUGAUUUUUUUUUUUUUUUUUUUUUUUUUUUUUUUUUUUUUUUUUUUUUUUUUUUUUUGUAUCAUCAUCAUCAUUAUCAUUAUUAUCGUUAUUGUCAUCAUCAUAAUCUUCAUUUUGAAUAUUUUUCUAGUUAUUCUUUACACCCAAUUUGAAAUCUGUGGCUUUGGUACAGAAUUCUGUGUGAGAUGGAGUUUGUACUUUGUGGAAAGAAACUCGUACAUUUUUGGCCUUCGAUUCUGUCAGUCAGGGUCGCAUUGUAUUUUUUUUUCUCUUUUUUUUCUUUUUUCUGUUUAAUGUGCUAUACAUGUAUUGAUACCGGAACAGAAAGAGAUGAAUAUUAUGUUAUACAUAAUAUCAAUAGAUGUCCAGUUAUAGUAUGGAUUGUAGAACUCAGCUUCCUUUUUUCCCUUUCCAUGUACCCAGUAAAAGUAAGAAAUUAAGAAAAAGAAAAAAAUGAGAGAAAGAAAUGACUCAUUUUGAUGUGAACUUUACAUGAAAAAUUGACAGGUCGAAAAAUGAAAGAUAUAAAAUAGCACCGAGUUGCAUUCUGUCAAAAAUACACAGAAUGCUCGUUAAGGAGAAACAAUUACCGUGUAAUUUUCAGGGAAACGAAUGCAGGACUCCGAGUAAGGACCGAACACUCACAGCUAAAUACAAUCACAUUAUACUGGGGUUCAACUUUUCUGCCGUCAUGAAGUCCACUGCCAAACCAGCAGUUGGCAUCAACCACUUAUGGCUGCGUAAGUGGUUAUAUAGCAUCCCCCCGUAGGAACAGUAGAUUUGAAAGUUAUACAUGUUAGCUAGCUUAACAUUUUUUUUUUGUUUUUGUUUUUUUUCUCUUAUGAAUGUCCCACUCCACAAUACUGCCAAUGAACUACAGCUCUGGUAUAUACUUUUAUCUUUUCUUCUUCUUUUUUUUCUUUUUUUUCCCUUUUUUACUUUUUUUUCUCUUUGAAUAAGACGUGAUUUGUGAAAUGUUGACUGUAGAGAGAGUGACAUGUAUUGCAGCUGUGUACAUAAUAGAAUCCUUUUAUGAAGUGGCUAGACAGGUUCCAUGACAUUAUUUUCAUACAUUCAUUCUCCUGUUCAGAUAUUUCUCUUUUUUUUUU